CACGCAUUCGCGCCGUGACGUCAUUAGUUCGUGACAGUCGUUCUACUUGACUACUAGAACUCUACCUACAUCAACACUUCUAUCGCAUUGCGCCCAUGCGACUCAACAAUCCAUGAACAAAUCGGCAAUAUGGCGCAAUGCGCCUGCUUCGCCCCUAUGCCGGCAACUAUACCGCGCGCAAUGCCAUCGAAGCUUCGCUUGCAGCACUUACCUCGGACGUGAACAUGAUCCGAGGAUAAAGGCGUUGGGCAGGGAAAUAUCUGACGACUAUGCGAUAAUAAGAGAAAAAUACGAGACUCCAAAAUACCCUAUCGUCCUCGCCCACGGCCUCUUCGGCUUCGCUGAACUCCGUCUCUCUCCAUACUUUCCAGCUGUCGAAUACUGGCAUGGCAUUCGCGAUGCCCUCACUGCACAAGGCGCCACCGUCUUGACGCCCACUGUGCCUCCAUCAUCCUCUAUUGCCGAUCGCGCUACUGCUCUCCGCUCCGCCCUUGAAGCCCUCGCUCCAAUGCCCGAAGCAGUCACAAUUGUUGCACACAGCAUGGGUGGUCUUGAUACUCGAUACAUGCUUUCACACCUCGCUCCGCUCCCAGUCCGCGUUGCGGCUGUGGUUACCGUUGCAACGCCGCACCGAGGAAGCGCAUUUGCAGACUAUCUCCUUGAUGAAGAAGUCUCACCACUGCACCAUUACUUGCCUCAACUUUAUCAGACAUUUGAAAAAGCUGGCCUCGGUACAGCAGCGUUCUCGCAGUUGACGAGACGCUACAUGGCUGAAGAGUUCAAUCCGAGCACGCCGGAUCAACCAGACGUGCAGUACUUUUCGUACGGAGCGGCAGUGGAGCGGCCGGCGCUGCUGAGUCCAUUUCGGCACCCGCACGCCGUCAUGACACAGGCCGAGGGACCCAACGAUGGACUUGUCAGUGUGGAGAGCAGCCACUGGGGCACAUACAAAGGCACGCUCCUUGGAGUGAGCCACUUGGAUCUGAUAAACUGGUCCAAUCGUGUUGGUUGGACAGUCCGGGAGUGGAUGGGGAUCAAGAAGAAUUUCAAUGCUAUUGCAUUCUAUCUUGACAUAGCAGAUAUGCUAGCUAAAGAGGGUUACUGAUACAGUAUCCUCUGGUCUGCAUCAUGGCAUGUAUGAGUAUUCUACGGCACGCAUUCCUGAAAUCUUAGAGAUGGGAUAUACAUGUAAAAGUAACUGCCAUAAUAGACAUGAAAUCAGUAGGCGCCUCUUCAGGUUAAGGGUUUCAUCAUGCUGUAGUUUGUUUCUGGAAUGAGAUUUCGAGUAGAUGAUUAUUGUUGAUUGCUUCAAACGAGUAGGUAUCAGUAGCAUUAGAAGAUAGAAUACAGCCACCUUGCCGCGAACACUCGACGAGAACCCGCCCUCCAGCACAUUUGUCCCACGAGAUCCGGUGGUAUGUAGGUAUGUACAAAAGAUUUGCC